GCAUCCUGGAGGCCCAGGAAAGCCAGUGGGGUGAUUCAGUUCAAGUCUGAAGGCCUGAGAACCAAGGGAGCUGAUGAUAUAAAUCCGAGUCUAAGGGCAGGAGAAUAUGUGAUGAGAGGUCUCAGCUCUAGUGAGACAGAAAAAAAGAGGCGCCCUGGGCAUCCCCAGCAGCCUUGCGCACGGAGGGGCGGAGCUUCGUGAAGCAGUCCCAGCGCCUCAGCGGUCGGUGGGGCGCGCGUUUUGGCGGCGGCCUCUGAGCGGGCGGGUGUGGGGGCCAUGCAGGCCCCGGGCGACGGUGCGGACGGCGCGGACGGCGCGGACGGCGCGCAGAUCCUGGACGACGGCGCCGGUGGUGCGACGGGUAGUGCUGGCUCGUCCAGUGGCCCCGGAAAUCCCGGAGGCCGGGACGGCACCGCGACGUCGGGCACCGUGGCUGGGGAAGCUCCCCAGGUCGAGGGGGCAUCGCCCGCCCCAAGGCAGGGGGGAGAGGCUUCGGCCUCGGCCUCGGCCUCCGGGGAAGCCUCAGAAAAGCAAGUGUUGGAAUUUGCCCUCACGGUGCCUUUCCUGUGUUACGUGGAUGCGGAGCUGACCUACCAGUACCUGACCUCGAGUGCCGAAUGCUACCACGAAGCGGUUCACACGGAGCUCACAGUGAUUGGCAGUGACUUGUUUAUCCGACUAACUGCUGAAGACCCUGUCCUCCUGCAGAUUUCCACCGCCUCCUUGCUCAACCAGCUUUUCAUGGUGGUGCAGACCAUGCAGCACUUGGUGCCCGCGAUUUUUUCUAGGCCUCGGCCUGGAAAAGGGGGCUGAGUCCAUGACAGUAUCCAGUGGAAGGCCAUGUGCCCUUCCCCAGGGGCAUGACCUUUGCAGUAGUUGCCACUUUAUUUCUGGGGCUUGGUUAUUUGCCUGUACUGGCCCUUGGGUGCUCUGUGCCCACUUGUUUUGGUUGCUGCUUAAAGAAUACAGAUAAUAAAACUGAGUUAAUGUUC